AUGAGUUGUAUGGUCAGCCAUUUCAGUCAUUUCAAUCACUGGAGAAGCUGGAGUUUGAGGAGAUGGCAGAGUGGGAGGAGUGGGUACCAAGUGGAAGUGGAGGUCCAGACUUUCCUCGUCUCCAGGAGCUGAUUCUAAAAAAGUGUCCAAAGCUAAGAAGAAGCUUGCCUUGUGAUCUGCCUUGCUUGAAGAAGCUUGUCGUGAAAGGGUGUGGGGUUUUACAUGAUCAAAGGGUCACUGCUACUACUAGUACUAGUACUAGUCUCAACUACAAUUGUCUUGAAGAAUUGGAAAUAGAAGAUGGAUGCCAAACAGGUCUGUUAUCAUUACUAGAGACAAAGCUCCUGUCCCGACUUUAUGUUAGACGUUUUAAUGACAUACAGUGCUUGCCCAACAUCAAUCGUCUUCAAAGGUUGGCUCUCUCGACGUGUCCAACCCUGUCGUCGUUCCCUGAAGAUGGCCUACCCACUUCGUUGACUUCACUUAACAUAUACAGUUGUAGGAGAUUAGAAUUCCUACCUCAUGAGAUGUUGGCCCAAUUAACAUCGCUUGUCUCUUUGACGCUCUUGAAUAGCUGUGAUUCAAUGAGGUCCUUCCCCUUGGGCAUUUUUCCCAAAUUGACGACACUUUAUUUUUGGAAUUGUGAGAAUCUGGAGUCGUUUUGCUUGAUUGAAGAAGAAGGAGCGGUUGAGAAUCUCAGCCAUCUCAAUUACUUAAAUAUCGCGGGCUGUCCAAAUCUGGUGUGUUUUCCCCAUGGAGGAUUGCCCACUCCCAACCUGACUUAUUUGGAAUUCAGCAGAUGCGAGAAGUUGAAGUCAUUACCUGAACGCAUUCACACCCUCACAGCCCUAAGAUAUUUGUAUAUAAGGGAUCUUCCAAGUCUGGAGUCAAUUGCAGAUGGGGGUUUGCCUCCCAACCUCCGAUAUUUUAUAAUUGAGAAUUGUGAGAGACUGAGGGCUUCAUCUUCAUCAGUGGGAGACUACUGUAACUGGGGUUUGCAAGCACUUGUCUCCCUUAAACAAUUUAAAAUUUGUGGCAGGGGAAGUGAUGAAAUCUUGGAGACGUUGCUCAAGCAACAGCUGCUCCCUACCACUCUUUGCACUCUCGGCAUCGAGGACCUUUCAACUCUGAAAUCUUUGGAUGGAAAGGGACUUGCACACCUUACUUCUCUUCAACAACUAUUUAUUAAUAGGUGUGACAGUCUGGAAUUCCUGCCAGGAGAGGCACUUCAACACCUCACUUAUCUUCAAGAGCUACAUAUUUCCAAUUGUCCGAGUCUCCAACUCCUGCCAGAAGAGGGUCUGCCACCAUCUCUUUCUUAUCUGAGAAUCUACAAUUGUUCUGCCCUGGAGAAAAGGUUUCAGAAUAAGACGGGAGAAGAUCAUUGGGACAACAUAUCUCACAUUCCAUGCAUCAAGAUAAAUGAUGAAGUCAUCAUAUGAUGAUAUGACUUCUCUCUCUCUCACAUAGAGACAAACAAACUCUGGUCAGACUUGAGAAACUUUCCCAUGUUUGGAGGUCAAAGCAACUUGUGUAGGCAACCAUGCCGGAGGAGAGUUUACCAUUUUAUAUGGAUUUUUGUUUUUCGACAAACAAAUUGCGGCAAAGAAGGGGAAAGAAUGUUCUCAAGGUGGAGCUCUAGCAAGAGACCAGCAUUUGGACAAUGUGGUAAACGGAUCUCAAUCUAACAUAACAAGCAUCACUAUUCAUGAUUAGGUAAUCUUUCAUCAUAAAAUUCCUUUCCCUACGUAAUAACUUGAAAACGUCAUUUAUGAGUUUCCUUUGAGAUGGAUGAAAAUGUGUACAUAUGUAUGAAUAACUUGUGAGAGCUCAAGUUCUGGGACAGAUGACGUUGAGGAAACUUCAUGCUUGGUCUUGCACAAUACUAUGAUUUUCCUCCGGUAGGGAAUCACACAAGUGUUCCCAAUGCAAUGAAUAUUAAUGCUGCACACUUCAUUAAUGACUUGUUUAUUUAGAAGAAACAUUUUUUUAUUGGAAAAAGAUAGUAAAAUACCGCAGAAGUGAACAAGUACUCGUCCAUCACAGAACAGGAACAGAUCUGAACUUAAGAGAAAUACAACUGUAAGAGCUUUAAGAAAGAAAUUAUCCUUGAGCUGCCUUCCAUCCAUCCCUGAAUUGUGAUUAAACCAAUGCCAAGGUGAAAAAAGAUAGUAAAAUAAACAAGUACUCGUCCAUCACAGAACAGGAACAGAGCUGAUCUUAAGAGAAAUUCUAUAUAUACUAAAACCCAAUGCAACUAAACACUGUAGCUAAGCACAGUAAAAUUAUGAAAAUGCCUCUAUUUAAAACUGUACAGCCAGCUUUUCCUCUCCUUUUGCACAGUAAAAUUGCCAUUUUGCCCUUGACUGAUUGUUCUGUAUUUUUCCCGUUUUGCCCUCUCUUUCCUUGGGAUGUAACUAGCUGUUGUUUAGGGCUGAGAGGUGUCUGAUUGGAUUUCAACUAGCUGGUUGGAGAGCUACAGGGGUAAAAUGGGAGAGCUGUUGGUUCUUUACUGUUUAAAUCUGGAGGGUUCCACUGUUUUACAGAACCACCUUUUUUCCCACCGAAUUGCUUGCCUUCUUCGUUUCCAUUCUUCUCAUCUUCCUCUGCUCUUCCAAAGUGCUCACUUUCCAGCUCCCUUGGGUUCUAUCAAGAAGGG